CCCAAGCACAAACCAGGCCCUUUGACUACACAAAUCCUUCUGUGAUGUCACUUGGUUUGUGGCGCAGCCUAGUAACACAUCCUUUGGCCACCAAUCAUGCAGUAACUGUCAGAGCUGAGCAGAGGAUUCCAAAAAUACAAUGUCAGUGAGUGUGUCCAGAUUUGUCUACACUUUGUUUGCUUUGAUUGCCUUGUCCUCACUGCUUGGAUAUGGAGCAUCCUUGUUCCCUUUGGCCAAUGUAGUGGUCUUCCUCUUUCCGGCCUACUUUUCAGUUCUUGCAAUAGAAAGUGCCAAUAAACAGGAGAAGUUGAAGUGGCUUAUGUAUUGGGUGAUCUAUGGUGCAUUUGCUAUCGUUGAAUGUACAGCAGGCAUCCUCCUCUAUGUAAUUCCAUCCUUUCAAAAGUUAAAGACCAUCUUUCUGCUGUGGUGCAUGGCACCCGUGGACUGGAAUGGUUCCUAUGUCAUUUAUACGAACAUCAUCCGUCCUUUCUUCUACAAGGCAAAACCCAAGGUGGAGGAACUCAGCACGAAAGUUUCAGAAGCUGUGGAUAAUAUCAAACCCCAGGGUAAAAUAUAUCAGAUUUAUCAACAGUGGCUAAGAACGUCACCGCCUCAACCCCAAAAGAUUUAUCACCAGUGGCUAAGAAAGUCACCACCUCAUCCCCAAAAGUGACCAAAAAGAGCAGAAGUUCAAUUUUUCGGAAAUCGUUUAACAACUGAGAAGCCCAGCAUGAAUGGGAUGAAGGUGAGACCAAGUGUGUCUCAAAUGUCCCAUGGGUCAGGCACAAGGCUGGGAUUCAUCAGUGAAACUCCUGAGCAGCCCCAAACACACCCUCUCUGGAGCAACGCUCUUUGAACAAGCUGCGCAUUGCUGGAAAUUUUAUGCACAAUCUAAAAUAAAGAUGAUAUACUUGGA